AUGGCGACGACGACCGAAACCGCGACCUUCCCAUUCCCACCACACUACUCCUUCCCGCCCUUCUUCACCCUCCAGCCCGUCGCCACAACGCGCUCCUCACAGCUCCAAUCCUGGUCCACCCUGAUCCAAUCCUACUGCCGCUUCCACCGCAUCUUCUCGCUCUCGCUCAUCGACGCCCUCUCCACACCCUUAUUCCACAACACCACGCUGAGCCGACAACUCUCUCUGCGCGACGCAAAAGCAAUACUCUCGUGGAUGGCAUCUCCCGAGGGCGGUCAGCGCGCUGAAUUCAUCUCCUCCACCGGCUCCAAGAAGAAGGCUGCGGACGAGGGCGAAGGCGGCAGGGUGUGGAUAUACUGGCGCAGACCUGAGGAGUGGGCCGCCGCGCUCGAGGAGUGGGUUGAUCGGACGGCGCAGAAGGGGACGGUGCUCACGCUGUAUGAGAUUGUCGAGGGCGAGGCAAGUGCGCGGGAGGAAUUCGCGGGAAUGGAGAUGGAGUUGUUGAGGGCGAGCUUGGGGAUCUGUGUUAAGAGGGGCAAGGCCCAGAUCUUUAGUUCGGGCGGCGAGGGAGAGGGAGUCAAGUUUUUCUAA